ACAAAAUCUGGUUUUGUAUUGUUAGGGUAUAUUGUUGUGAGUGUAUAACCAAUACACAUCAUGGGGCGCCGUACUACAAACACCACUAAAGGUGGGAAGUUUAUGAACCCAACAGAUCAAGCGCGUAAAGAGGCGCGUCGACGGGAACUCAAGAAAAACAAGAAACAAAGAAUCGCUGUUAGACAAGCAGUGAUUAAAACUAAAAAUCCUCAGCAGAUGAUACGUGAGCUAGAAGAAUUAGAUGACAUGGAAUUAAACCCAAUAAAUGAGCCCACUUAUAAUGAUAAAGUUGUUAAAGAUAAACGUCGGAAGUUGCUUGAGAAUUUGAUUCGAAUUGUUGACUUUUAUUUUAAAGAAGAUGCAAACAAAGGAAGAGAAUACAAAGGGUUUCUUGAAACAUAUAAAUUUAGUCGACUGAAGAAAGAAAAGUACUAUGAGUCUGUGAAAAACGCUGAAGAAGUGGAAAUAACAGCAAUCCCUUUGCCCGAUAGCCUUCCACAGGAAGCACCCCAGUUAACGGACAUACCGUUACCUGGUAUGAUGCCAAGCGGAAUAUUAAAAAAGAUCCCACCAGGUCCACCAAUAGGAUUACCGCCCAUUCCUCCAGUGAAAAAACUACCCCCCGGACCCCCUCCUGGCAUGCCACCAAGGCAUAAAGUUUUUAUAAGAAGCGGGAGACCUUCGGGACCGAGUUCUUCCUUCCAUGCUUCAACAUCUUCAAAGCGGGUUGAUGAUAGGGAUGCGUAUGAUCCAGAAGAUGGGAUUGACACAUUUGAUAAAGAUGCAAAGCAGCCUCAUCCUGAUGAGGAUGAUGAUGAUGAUGAUGAAUUUCAUCACCGAGAUGAUGAUGAUGUGGGAGUGGAUGAGGAGCUUCAUGCUCGUCGUCGAUCUGUCAGGUUUGCUGAUGAUGAUGAUGAAACUUUCAAACCAAAAGAUCUUGCUCCACCAAGCAACGUAACUCCACUGCAAGCAAUGAUGUUGAAACUGGCGGGACAAACCAUCCCAGUUCCUCCCAACAAGGAAGAUGCAGAAGAAGAUGACAAUGAUUUUAACCAGGGUGAUGGCAAUGAAAGAUCAUACAACCGUAAAGCACCACCUGGUCCCCCACCUGGCAUGCCACCCGGCCCACCCCCAGGGAUGCCUCCCAGUAUUAUGAACCAACACCGACCAAACAUGAUGCAUCCACCACACAUGCAGCAGAACAUACACACACAAAACAAUAUGAUUGAUACAAACAAACAUGGGAUGAUGCAGAACCCCAACAUACUCAGUGCUCCACCAAGUUUAAUACACAGGCCUGCUCAGAAAGACAUGUCUUCACCUCAUGUUGCCACAAUUGUUGCAAAACCGCAACUGACCAGUAAUCCAAAGGAAGAGAGCACGAGGUUCAUGCCUACCACGCUUAGAAUCAGACGGGAAGUAACUGGAAAACUUGCUCAUAAGCGCGAAGAGCCAUCUGUGUCCAAUCAAUCCAAGCAGAAAAUUGAGAAGAAAAAGAAGACUGCAAAAGCUACAGCGGAUGUGGCUUAUGAUUCCUUUAUGAAAGAGAUGCAAGGAUUGCUGUAAAACUUUGUACAAACUGCCUGUAGUUAAAAACUGUGGUAUUAUUUCUUGAAAAAAUUAAUGGUUUAAAACAUUGGCCGUUCAUUAUCAUACAAACAUUUUUUACAUUUUCUGAAUCUGAAACUUGGGUCAACUUUUUUCAUUUAUUUUUAUCACCAUGGUAUCUGAUCGAUUGGUUAUUGUUGUGUUGUAUAUAUAAAUGCCAGAUGUUUCCUAAUCUUAAUGCGAAAUUGUGUCAUUUUAG